AUGGUAACCAGGCUGCUACUGCCAGGGUAUCCAAUGGGUGUGGCCCGUGUAGAGGGCAGUUGCAGGGUCCCUGUGGCACCAGCUAUGGCAGUGCCAAACAGCCAGAGCUGCUCCCUGCAGGGGGAGAAGGUCCAGGAGAAGGGGAGUGCUGGCACAGGGCUGCUGGAGAGCUGUGGGCAGGGGCCCAGGGAGCACCCACGGUGCUGGGCCUCAGCCCACGGGGUGCUGCAGUGGAUCAUGGAGUCACGGCUGAAGCGGCGCGUGGAGUUGGAGCUGCAUCUUGCGGGCAGGGAGCAGGCAGCGAUCCGCCAAGAUGCCCUGUACCAACUCUUCCAGGAUGAGCAUCAGCAGCACCGGCAGGAGCUGAGCCGGCUGGGGAAAGCCUUCUAUGUAGAGCGGCUCUGAGUGCUCAGCCCAGCGCAGCACUGGCCUGGCAUCCCCUGGCUUCUGGCUGGGAAUAAAACAUGUUGAGCAAAA